AUGCAGACACUACCGGUAGAGAUCUUCCGUCAGAUUAUGGUCCAUGCUGAUCCUAGGGCAGUGUACCUCAGUCGACGCGUAUGUAUGCUAUGGAAAAGGCUUAUCGACGCCGACCAGCAUAUAUGGAGCAGUGUGGCUUAUCAGUGGCGUCUGGUCAGUAGCGCAAACUCACCGCUGCCUCCCUGCAUCAGUGAACUACCUCUGUCUUCUGGCGACGAUGGCAGCGAGCCUUAUCAGAUUUGGAGUGCCCCGAGGCUACCUUACUCAUACUACCGCGCCAGAACUCAUCUUCAUGGUGUCGACUCGCUCAAGAAUCUCUGCUCUGUGCAUGUCAGCCUCACCGAAAAUUGGGAGGAAGCCCGUGACUUCCUAAUCCACACCUGCCUUCAGGAGGAGGUGGGCACGCUACCGCUUCCGCCCAGCGAAAGUAUUCGGAGAGUCCGCGGCAAAUCAAGUUCUCUGUACGAGCUCGUGGAGGUAGACGAUGGACAGAUUAUGCCUUUGAUUUGGGCAGUGGAAACCUGGAAAUGGAGCGGAGGCCGGAAGAAGAUGAUCAACAGGGUAAGACUACCUGGGCGCAAGCAUAAAACAGACUGCCUUUGCAUUCGCUUUCCUUACUGCGUCACGUUUGUGAGGGCAACUCGCAACAGGCAACAGCUCAUCUACUGGGACAUACUGUCUCCCAGCGACCCUGUCGUUCUUGAGACGAUGUUGAUUUUUCCUUCCCACAUUUCAAAAUUGGAUUUUGACCUCGAGGCUCAAAUCGUCAUUGUGACCUCCGGCGACCACACCCUUGUUCAGUCACUGCGCGACGGCUCCGUGCUUUCGUACGUGAUGGCGCGACCGUCGGCCGUGCUUAGCGAAUGGUAUGAUGACGGGACAGAGGAUCCGACAGCGUUGGCCUUCGAUAUGAUUUUGGGCAGUCUUGAUAUUGCGGUUGGCACCAUCUACCUCGACCCCGGCAGCCAUACAAAAAAGAGAGGGCCACUAGUACCGACGAUCAUCGAGUGGAAAACGAUGCCAUGUCAGAAAGCCAAUGCCAACUCUGAUCCAGGAAAGUGAGUCUGGACUGAUGGUCAAAGGAACGAGUUGACAGCGAUUUUUCCUGACCGUCUGUGAAUAGGCCUCAGCCAUUCAAUCUUUGGACUUUCAAAGAUCGUCUCGAAAGAUGUCAGGUCAGUACACGAGAGUGUGUCUCCACACGAAGCCCUCUCUUACACAAGUCGAACACGCAGCGUGUGGGCGCAUUGCUCAAUGAUCACGACCCAAAACCAGUGCACGUAUCGGUGGACCGGGAGACUGAUACCCUCAUUGUGA